AUGGAGGUGGACAGCAGGGAGAAAGCGUAUCGGUUCAUCGCCUGCUCGGCUGUCACGUUCAGCAUCUUGGCCAUCGCCUCAGUAUGCAUCACCUUGCCAAUGCUCUACAACUACAUCCAAUACAUUGAAGACCAAGUGGAUGAUGAACUACGGCUAUGCAGAGCGUCGGCCAGCGAUGCGGUCACUGAAAUCCGCCACUUUCGUACGUUGGAAAAACAGAAUCCUCGAAACCGAACCAUCGUCAAAAGAGCAGCAAAGCCCGGCUGCGAAGAUUGUUGUCUCCCUGGACCGCUUGGACAACAAGGCAUUCCUGGAAAGAACGGAAGGCCGGGACGUCCUGGACCACCAGGCUCUCCUGGUUUCCCUGGCCCCCCACCUCCUGAGCUCUGUAUAAUCCCAGUUGCUCCAUCUUGCAUGCCAUGCAAACCUGGUCCGCAGGGUCCGCCAGGUUCCAACGGAGUAGUCGGUGCUGCCGGACCUAUUGGACCGCAAGGAAUUCCAGGUAAAGACGGUGUGUCUGGACCACCCGGUCCGGAAGGCCCGCCAGGCCAUGAUGGAGAACAAGGUGCGGACGGCCCACAAGGUUACCUAGGCGUUUCAGCGGCAUCGAUCGAGCCAAGCGCUGGCGAUCCUGGACCUCCAGGUGAACGUGGUUCGAUGGGUCUGAAGGGAGAAAUAGGUCAUCCAGGUGUCGAUGGUCUCCAGGGCAUUCCUGGUCCUGCCGGCCCUGUCGGAUUGCCUGGGUUAUUUGGUAGCGAAGGCGUGGGUGGUGGUUUUGGUGAAAAAGGUUCGAAAGGUCAACCCGGAGCAGAUGGUGUCUGUCCGAAGUACUGCGCUACAGACGGUGGUGUUUUCUUCUCUGAUGGAACCCGUCGUUAA